ACAGGGGGCGGUGAGCUCGGGCGUGCCAGGGGGCCGGUAAACACGCGGUGUUGAUGGAGGCAGUCGGGGAUAGCAGAGGGCCGGCCCGGGAGCUAGGCCUGUCACCGGGAAGCCUGGGGACUGAGGAUCGGCUCUGUUGAAUGGCUGCUGGCAUGGGGGAGAAAGGCUGCGCCCGGGGAGGCGGUGCGGGUGUGCGCUGGGAUGCUGCAGCAGUGUGUGGUUGGUGUACCGGCUCCUGAGCUCGGUCCUGUGCCCACUGCUGCAGUGCCCUGCUGCUACAUGCAGCGCUGCCCGUCCUAGUGUAGUACUGCAGGGCUGGUGUGAGUGAGGCAGUGCUGUCACCCCUGUGCCAUUAACCAGCUACCCCAGCAGGGAUGAGGACUGGCACAGCUCGUUGCCAAUGUGCUGCUCCUAUGGUAACAAGGUGCCUCUUACACUGGUUAGAGAUUACCUGGACAAUGGGAACAACAAAAUGGCCAUCCAGCAGGCUGAGAAACUGCUCAAGAAGCAUAAAGAUCUGCACUGUGCUAAGGUCCUCAAAGCCAUUGGGUUACAGAGAACUGGGAAGCAAGAUGAAGCCUUUGUACUUGCACAAGAGGUAGCAGCUCUGGAGCCUACUGACGACAACUCCUUGCAGGCACUCACCAUCUUGUACCGAGAAAUGCACCGACCGGAAUUGGUCACUAAACUGUAUGAGGCAGCUGUAAGGAAAGUCCCAAGCAGUGAAGAGUACCAUUCUCAUCUCUUUAUGGCUUAUGCCAGAGUGGGGGAAUACAAGAAAAUGCAGCAGGCUGGAAUGGCACUAUACAAAAUUGUUCCAAAAAAUCCGUAUUAUUUCUGGUCUGUGAUGAGUUUGAUCAUGCAGUCUAUUUCAGCACAAGAUGAAAAACUUUCCAAAACAAUGUUUUUGCCCCUGGCUGAAAGAAUGGUUGAAAAAAUGGUGAAAGAGGACAAGAUUGAAGCAGAAGCUGAGGUUGAACUGUACUACAUGAUUUUAGAGCGUUUGGGAAAACAUGAAGAAGCCUUGGAGGUUAUCAGAGGAAAACUAGGAGAUAAGUUGACCAGUGAGCUGCAGAGCCGUGAAAACAAGUGCAUGGCCAUGUACAAGCAGCUGAAGAAGUGGCCAGAGUGUAAUGCACUUUCCAAGAGACUUCUGCUGCAAAACUCAGAUGAUUGGCAGUUCUACAUCUCCUACUUUGACUCUGUGUUUAACCUUAUCGACGAAGCCUGGACUUUGCCAGCAGAAGGCCCUAUGUCACUGGAAGGAGACCUGGACUACACUAUAGAACAGGCAGUCAGGUUUGUAGAAGGACAGGUAGAAGCAGAGUCUAGGAAUCCACGCUCGCUCCGGGGGCCACAUCUGGCCAAACUUGAACUGAUCCGUCGUCUGAGACACAGAGGAUGUAAUGAUGAAUACAAGCUGGGGGAACCAGAGAAUCUGAUGUAUCAGUAUUUCCUUAAGUUUGGGGACAAGCCAUGUUGCUUCACUGACCUUAAAGUUUUUGUGGAUCUCCUUUUUCCCACUCAGCACUCGAUUUUUAUAAACAGAUUGCUGGGGUCGUUACCUCUGACACCUUCAGCAGAGGGUGACUUGGCAUUUCCAGAGGACAUCAAAGCCAUGCAGAGACACCUGUGUGUGGUUCAGCUUGCUAGACUGCUUGGGCUCCAUCACAAGAUGGAUAAGGCACAGAAGCAGGAUGCCGUUAGAGAAAUGACAGUGAGAUAUAGACAUGGACUAAAAUUUGGGAGAACCUGCCUGAAAACAGAGCUGCAGUUCUCUGAUUACUACUGCCUAAUAGGAGCUCACAUGCUCCUGGAUCUGUGGAUUAAUGGUGAGGAUUGGGCUGUUUGGCAUUGUCUUACCCUUUUGGAAGAAGGUCUAAGCAACAGUCCUUCAAAUGCUCAGUUUAAACUGCUGCUUAUUCGUAUAUUCUGUACACUGGGGGCAUUUGAACCAGCUAUGGAACUGUAUGGCAGCCUUGAUGCUAAACACAUUCAGCAUGACACAAUUGGUUAUCUGCUGACUCGUUUUGCAGGACCCUUGGGUCUCUACACAGCUGCAUCACAAGCCUGCAAUGCCGCUCUUAGGUUUUUCCACUCAAACCAAAAAGAUACCUCAGAAUACAUUAUACAAGCCUAUAAAUAUGGAGCCUUUGAGAAAAUUCCUGAAUUCAUUGCUUUUCGAAACCGGUUGAAUAAUUCACUUCAUUUUGCACAAGUUCGGACAGAAAGAAUGUUACUGGAUCUUUUACUUGAAGCUAAUCUUUCCAGUAGUCUAGAAGACAGUGUAAGGGCCAUGGGCCUGAGCCCAGAGGAGGAUGACAUUCCAUGGAAGGACUUGCGAGACAACAGGGACCUGACUGUUCUCUUUAAUUGGGAUUCAAAGGACAGAGACAUUUCAGAGGAGCAUAGACAGCUGUCAUUGGAGGAAGAGCGGAUUUGGCUGCUUAUCCGAUCGCUGACUUUAAGGCUUGUUAGUGGUCUACCGACUCUUAACCAUACAGCUGAGCCCAAGAAUUCUGAGAAGACUACUGAGAAUGGGGUCUCGUCCAAGAUUGAUACUGUAAGGACCUUGAUACACCAGUAUGAGGAGGCAGUGGAUUCUGCCAAGCAAUUCAAUGAGAGGAAAAUCAAGUAUCCUUUCCUUGGGCCUCCAGCAUCUCGACUCAGUGGAUUCUUGAGCAGUGGAAGCUGUCAGUGUCAGAAAGUGGCUAUCCAGCUAGUGAAUGAUAUUUACCAGCUGGACACCUGUGGUAUAAAUGAUUCUUGUGAAAUCCAGGAAAAAAUUGGGAACAGAUUGAAAUCUUCUCUCAGACAUUUGAAAGAUCUUUUCACCCAAUGUAAGGGAGAACUUAUGGGUAUCCAAGAAGGACAAUGUAAGAUCUCGCCACUUAUUAUUGAGAACUUGGUCUUCUUUGUUGAGAGCAUAGCGAUCAUUCUCUGGGUAUCCGGAUAUUUUGUUAGUGUCCUUAGGCCAUUCAAAUCAAAUCUUCAAAAAAAGAAAAAGAAGAAAAAGGACAGCGGUUCCACACCUCCAGUAUUCACUAGCUUCCAAGACUUCAUUACUGGACUGCAGACAUUGUUAUCGAACAUGACCGAUUACAUAAAGGAGUUGGAGACCUCUUUGCUAGCACUGAAAAUAGAAAAUCUCUCCCUAGAUAAUGUUAUCUUUUCAGAGGAAGAAAAGACGUUUACAAAGCGGUCAACGGACAAGGUUCAGAACAGCUACCUGCACUCUUUGCAAGAGAUUGGGGAUCAACUGAGGAAAAGACUCGAAACUAUUAAGAAACUCAAACUCUAGAAUGUGAAUAAGAACUGUAUGUCAUUAGAUAUAUUGAUGCGCUCCUGGCAGUCAUUCUAAUCCAGAACUUCCCAAGAAGAUGCAUGAAGGACUGAUAUUUUGUUUUUUUUUGUAGGCGUUGAGAAUGGAGUUUAUACAAAGGUUUAAAUUAUUGUACAUAAAGUGUACGCAGGAACAGCCUGCCUUUGACCACUUUUUAUACAUGUUCAUGAACUUGCAUCAAUUGAUUUUUCAUGCCUUUUGACCUUCAUGCAACCUUGGAAACUUUGAACAUGCAGCAAUAGAAAUUGGCUUAAUCUCAACAACUUUAGUUUCCCCUAUCAUGUAGAUCAGUUUUAUUUAUUUUUUAUGCAUAAAUAUGGCUUCCUUCUGGGUUGUUUUUUUUUCUUUUUUUGUUUGUUUUUUAAUCUUUCUUUUCCCUGGUCCGCUUGCUAUAGUUCCAUUUUUUUCCUUCCUGGUAGGUGUUUUAAAUUAUAUGAAUUGAAAUAUGUUUCAAGACCUUGUAAUGAAAUUGGAUUUAUUGCUUCUAUACCAGUGUCUGAAUUAUUGGUUUGAUUCCGAUAUUUAUUUACAUUGCAGCUUGAAUUUAGAGGCGAGAAUUGCUCAAAAUUUUGGCAAUAAGAGAGAUAUUGGCUUCUCAACAUUUCCACAGUUUUGGCACUAAAGAACAUUCAUGUAGUAAAGUUUAGAUCACUGCUGGCUUAUGUAAUUUAUAUUGCAUUAUUAGACAUGGGUGGUUAUGCAUAAACUAUUACAUGCCUGAAGCCACACUCUAUUGCAUUACCCAAUUGUUAAUUAAGCAAGCAACUAGUUUUUCAAUUUAGCAACUUUUAAAAAGCAUCCUGGUGCUUUAUAAAUCGGUGUUUACUUUUUAUUGCAGCCUUGGAAGAAAUUUUCUCCAGUCUGCAGGAUCUGAAGCCGCUGGCUCCAUUUUGCUAAAAUAUUACACCAUUUUCUAUGCUCCAAUUAUGCAACAUCUGACUGCUGGUGUAUAUUUAUAAAAAUAUAUAUAUAUGUGUGUAUGUAUAUUUGUAUAGUAUAGAAUUAUGUACAUACACAUAUGCAUACAGUCAAACAUGUAUGUAAAAAAUGCUAAUAUCUGCCUACAUGCACAAAAAUAAACCAGCAUGGAAGGAAAAAUGUUCAACUUGGGUUGCCGGGUGAAUUUCAGAUUUUCACAAAUUUAUCUGCGCAGAAAUAUUCAGUAGCUUCAGAGAUCCUGACAAUCGGGACAUAUACAUCAAACACGUUUUGUUAGUGAAGCUAGGUGGUUGACGAGAUUAUUUUUAAAAUAAAUCCCUAUGUAAUAAAACACAGUGUAUGUUUGCCUUUUUGUGCUGUUGGUGUAUAUACACAUUUUCAUACAUUUUAAAAGCUUAAAAUACAUAAUUGUGAUUCAAUAAAGAGCUGUUUUUCUUAAGA